AUGUCAGACCAGAAGACGCCCCUCGAACCGCCGCCGGCCUACGAUGCCGACUCGGAACACACACCUCUCGUCGCCGGCGCACCCGCCCCUGUCCGUCAGCAAAUCGCCCGCGCCCCUCUACCUCUUGAGCUUCCCGCACUACAGGCCCUUCGUGGCAAGAGAGUGAUUCUGGCCUCGGCCUCGCCACGACGAAAGCAGCUCCUCAACCAGAUCGGUCUGCGGGACCUGGAAAUCAUUCCUUGCACAGCUCCCGAAGACUUCAGCAAAACACUCGCUCCUUUCGAAUACGUCCUACAAACAGCCGAGCAGAAAUGCACCCUUAUAUACCGUCAGGAGAUUAAUUCCGACAAGGGCGAGCCUGCGCUGGUCAUUGCUGCCGACACGGUCGUCGUGAGCCCAAUGGGCGACAUUUUGGAGAAGCCAAGAAGCGAGAGAGAGCACAUUUCAGUCCUCAAGGCUUUGAGGAACAGCGGCUGGCACAAGGUUUAUACAGCUGUCGUGUGUAUGGCUCCCUUGGAAAGUGCCAUGGAUCCUGGUUACGCCAUCAAGAGAACCGUCGAGGAGACCAACGUCAAGUUCGAUCAAGCAGUAUCCGACGAACUCAUUCUCGCGUACGUCAAGACUCGCGAAGGUGCCGACAAGGCAGGCGGCUACGGAAUUCAGGGCAUGGGCGCCAUCCUUGUCGAGAAGAUUGAUGGUUCAUACGACAAUGUCGUCGGCUUACCGCUCAAUGCCACCAUGAAGCUCAUGGGUCAAGUCUUGAACCCCGAUCUCCAGGCUGAAGAAGACGAAGAAGAGGAGUGA